AUGCCACCGAAGAAGCCAUCUCGCCCUCUUCGACCGCGCAGCGGCAAGGAUGCGCAAUACGACAGCGCAUCCAGUUUCUCCGACACAAGUAGCAACGACGACGCUCCAGCCUCUUCUUCUCCUGCAAAGUCCACCACUGCAGGCACUUCUGCGCCCAAGAGAGACCGCAAGAGAACCAUGAACCAGAAGGACAUGGACAAGGAUGCGUCGAAGAAAAGACGCGACGUGGAGGCGACCAUUCGUGGUAGUGCAAUUGCGUACAUCAAGGCCAACCUGCCCGCCGAGUACGACAAGACUGCAGGCGAAAAAGGUGACCACAACACAAAGAUUGGUCGGGCCCUGAAGUCGUUCGUCGACUGGGUACAGGCUGGAAGCCCCAGUAGGGAUGGUCCGGCGCCUUCGACCACGGCUGCUGCUGGUAUCACGAUUCAGACUAUACCACAGCAACCUGUCAGGGCCGGAAUGGUCGACGUUGGUGUUCAAACAGACAUAAGAGCACCGAUCGCUGCCACUGCCGAUGACUUUGACAGGUUGCCUGAGGACUAUUCUCAGAACCCUGGCUCGGCGCCUCAUUCCCCCGACGCGGUCAAGGACAAGGGCAAAGGCAAAGGCAAAGCAGCUCCCGAGCCUUCCGAUGACGCUGCCGAUGAGGGUGACGGUGAGAAGGCCUCAGAGACGAGGUCGGGGAAGCGCAAGCGCUCCCCAUCUCCUCCUCGUCGCGUGACAAGGUCUCGAACGAGUGGAGUCCCAUACCUCUCUGCACCAACUCCAGGUGCCCAACUCAGAGGGGACACAGCCCCCGAGGGGGCUUUUCAUCUCGCCUCUCCUCCUGCCCCUCGAGCCACAUACGUUGCCCCGACCGCCAUCGCAACUCGCACGGGCAACCAAACGUGUUCCUCACAACCACACCAGCCGAUACGCAUCGCCGACCACCGCGAACUCGCGAGCGUCGAACAAACCCACAUCAGACUGCAGCAACAGGCCGCCGGCACAAUUCCUCGCAACGGCGGCAGAAUGACUCCGCAGGUCAGAGACUUGCUGAACAGCUUCGACGACCUGCAGGCUGAUGUGGCCGAGGCACUGGGAGGUAUUGAUGCGAUUACCACUCAGGAGCUUGUCGAUGGCUUGGUGCAGGAGAUGGAGGAGAUGCGGGAGCGGUUGCGGGAGGCGAGGGGAGGGAAGGAUCGUGAUGGUGGCGGGAGUUAG